AUGUUUGGAAGUGAAUAUCGGUUUCAAUUAUAUAACUCUUUGAAUUUCUUUGGCGAAGAAGCGCCACUUCAAAACUGGAUGAUUAUGCCUGAUACAGGUGUCCUAAUUGCUUCAAGAUACAACAUGGUAUUACAUUGUUUUAUCCGACACGCAAGCACAACGUACUUACCACUUCGAUCUACUCCACCACCACCCCAUGAACGCAUUGUUAUUGCAAUUGGCCUCGUCUAUGGUAAUCAUUAUGUCAAGCUAGAUCUAGAAGGAGAGUACACGAUGCCUCCUAUUGCACCACAAUGGAUUCAUUGCAAACGUCCAUGUGCAGCUGAAUGGGUCACCCCGUAUAUCGAACGGCUAAAUAUGUAUAAUCAUUAUUAUCGUGCUAGUUUUAAUGGCUAA